AUGGCGCAAGAUUCGCGAGGCCAGUCUGGGUCGCUCCACCAGCUGCAUGCCACCGCAUCGCGCUCCGAGGGCUUGACCACCUUCGACGACCUGACAUCCCCGCCACCCGCAUCCAUAACGAACGAUGCCAAAAGCUUCGACAUGGUUCAAAGCGGCCUGAGUGGUCUAUACAGCCGCUUGAAGGCCUCGGUCGGUGGCAAUAAAGAACAAGGCAACGAGCAUCUUGAAGAGGUCAUGGGUGGAGGUGCAAAGAAUAAGGCGGUCAAAAGGCCAGCUCUCCCGAAGAGCCCAGCUGGAACGGCUGUAUCCUCGCCUGUCAUAGUGUCAGUGCCUUCUUCGAGACUGCAGUCUCCACUUGCGCCGACUUUCCCAGAACACCCUCCCCCGCCUUCUCGCGAUUCGAAUAUCUCCAGCUCUGCAAUAUCUGCAAAACCUUCCUUGAAUGGUUCUAAGUCUUCACUCGGAACGACGCGCUCGAGACCGUCUAUAACAUCCACAAUAGAUCCUGGCAAGAUGACCCGCGAAGAUGAAACCUUCUCUCAUAGCCCUCUCAGCACCAUGAGCAAACUCCAUGGCACCCACUCUCUGGAAGCUGCAUCCAAGAAUAGUUCUUCGAGCGGUCUAGUGUCCGGCUCAAAAAGCAGAGAUGCAUCGCGUUAUCGUUCCGAACGAACAAAAUACCGGCAAAGAAAUGAUAUGGACCUCGUAGAGCAAGAGAGUGAUACUACUGAAGAUGAUGUAGUGCUUGUAGAAGGGGAGAACAAGGUGAGAGAUAAGUCAGGGUCUGCAUUUCCGCUGGAUGUCGUAGGCGACGACCUCGCUCGGGUCACAUCUCGAACAGAAAGGCAAUACAAACUCCCCUCUAAACCAGCGAAAGAGCCGUCCAGUAAUGAUUCUCAAACAACUGAGAUACCGCACGUUACUGCCAAUGCUCAAACGCCUGUACUCGCGCCUUCGCCUCAACGUCCUCCAUUGGUACAAGUUGGGCCGUCCCAUCUGCCCGGCUUUCACCCAUCACGGAUGUCUUCGUCAGAUGGCCUGAGCUCCGUCAUCACAACUACCACGGUUCGUAGCCCCGCUGUGCCGCCUAUUGAAGAGGUUCAGCGCCCUACUAUCAGGCCAUCCAGCACUUUGUCGCAUGCCACCCCAUCUCAAGUACCACGAAAACUCCUUAGUCGCGAAUACUGGAUGAGAGACGAAAAUGCGAAAGACUGCUUCAACUGUGGGGACGCUUUCUCGACUUUCAGACGUAAACAUCACUGUCGCACAUGUGGACAAAUAUUUGACUCGAAGUGCACUGUCAUUGUCUCUGGCAAGAUGUUCGGUCAGACAAUGAAUGUCAGAGUGUGCAAGCCCUGCGAAGACAUAAUCCAAGGUAAUGGUGACGACUCGUCCGAGUACACUGACGACGGAGAUCAAGCUUCUCUUUAUGAGCAUGAUGAGGACAACAGCAUGGACGGAGACCAAUUUGAUCCGUCAGAAAGCGACCACACUAAGAUUGGCACCCCGACCAUCAGCAUACCCAUGUCAAGAAAGGUGGGCAGUGAGAAGAAGCGUAGAUCUGCCGUGAUUGAAGUCGCUCCCCAGCUCCCCAGACCCAGCUCUUCCCGGUCUUUGCGCUCACUGAGUGGACGGCCACGCUCGUCUAGUCACAAACGCCACCACCAGCAUAUGCGCAAUGUCAGACAUGAUGAAAGGGCACCCUUCCACCAGUAUCACACAGAUCUUCCACGAAGCCGUUCAGCACUUCCUGCUUUUCACCACGAUAAUAUCAUCGAUCCCGACCUCGCCCCAUUCAUGUCAGACGAGGGUUCCAGUGAUGACGAGCCGGCUAGCAUAUUUGCGACUCUCCGGUCCGACUCGCCAUCGCAUACUAGUAUGGAUCACGAGAAAGGAGGACUGGGUGGACUCCUCGCUGCUAUGCGAAAAGGCAAAGGCAAGGCCGACAGGAGCACUGUCGGCGGUGCCUAUGCAAGAGACACAGACACUGCGAGCAUCACAAGUCGUCACGUCAACCGGCACUCUAAGCGGAGAAAUCUUAGCGUCAGCAGUAUCACACAUAGACCUUCACCUCGACGGUCGAAGAGUAACAGUCUUUUGAAACCUUUCGGUGCUGGCUUUGGCGGAACUUCGCCCAUCCCACAGCCGGCCAUACUACAACCUUCUCCCGCGCCGCCGUCUGCCUCUAAAAUCACACGCAGUGCUUCUAUGCAAGGUGGAAACGCUCCACAGAUCGAACUCAACCAGGCAAGCUUGGAACAUGUCCGCAGACUGUUGAAGCAGAUGUUGCAAGACGCCGGCAUAUCGCAUGCUUCGAGUUGGGAGAGGGCCCUUGUUCCCAUACUGUUGCAGUGCACUGAUGACGUCAACCCAGAUCUUCAUAGAGGUGAUGAUAUCGACAUACGACACUACAUCAAACUCAAGAAGAUUCCUGGCGGAAGACCUCGUGACACUUCCUAUGUCUCUGGUGUCAUAUUUUCGAAGAAUGUUGCUCUCAAGAGCAUGCCUCGCAAUGUUGCUCACCCAAAGAUUCUCAUCAUCACAUUUGCUGUUGAGUACGCGAGACAUCAGACGCAUUUCAUGAGUCUGGAUCCUGUCAUUGCUCAAGAAAGAGAGUAUCUCAAGAACAUUGUGGAUCGGAUCGUGGCCCUUAGACCUAAUGUUCUGCUCAUCCAGCGAAACGUUUCCGGUCUUGCUCUUGAGUUUCUGGAAGAAGCAGGCAUCUCCGUUGCCUACAAUGUAAAAGAGACGGUCUUGAAUGCGGUCGCCCGAUGCACUCAAUCGAGGCCUGUGUCCUCCGUAGAUCAGCUGGCCGAUCAAUCCCGCCUUGGACGUUGUGGAAGCUUUGACGUCAAAACAUACGUUCACAAAUCGGCUAAACGGAACUACAUCUUUCUAUCCGGCUGUCAGCCGGAUCUUGGAUGCACGAUAGCUCUUCGUGGAGACGGAGCAAAAAGUCUAGCGAAGCUGAAGCGCAUCACGGAGUUCAUGUGCUAUGUGGUGUACAAUCUCAAACUCGAGACUUGUCUGAUGCGGGAUGAAUUCGUCCUCAUUCCUGUUACUUCGAACAGUGGAACGAUAGCUACAGACAAUGAGUCGUUACCUUCACAUAACACCGAUAGCAUUGACACUUCAGCCGAAAAGCCUCCCGUUGCAGGCGACAAUUCUCAAACGACUGCACUUGUCUUGCAGGUUCCACAAGAUGCACCAGCGCCAUCUUUCUACAGUGAAAUGGUAGAGAAUCAUCGCACCAAGCUUUUAUCUGCAUCACCAUUCGUCAAGUUCAUGCAGCCAUACUUACUCAAUCAAGCACGCGAGUAUGAGAAGAAGCUUGGGUAUCUCAAGCAGUUGCGAGACCAAUACACCGCCACUGACACGGAUACUGAAGGCGCGCCCCAGAAAUUCAAUUUAGUGCAACCUGAAAUGGUGCAUGGGGUGGUUGAUCAAGCGUCAAAGCAAGUGCGUGAGUUUUUGCAUGCGGUGCACGCGUCUGAGUACGAAAAAGCCCUGCAUAAUUACAAGACCCAGAAACGACAAUGGGAGGCCUACCUAGCUACCAACUCUGAACUCUUCGACCCAUUCAACCAUCAGAAGAUCGCGGUACUCUAUAGUGUCGUCAAUACUGCCUAUUCCACGCCAUGCAUUGGUCCAGAUAUCAUUGCACUGAAUUUCUAUCAGGAGCAUGAUUUCGAUGACGGCUUUACUCCGGAUUGCACGUUAGGUCAAUAUGUCGAAGACCUCUGUCACGGAGUGAAUUCGCUUUGCGAGGUAGACGGAUGUAACCGUAGAAUGGUGGAUCAUUCACGCCAAUAUGUGCAUGGAGAAGGCCAAAUGAGUGUCAUUGUGCAGAAGUACCCUUCGAAGAUCAAAGGCUUGCAGAACACAAUUCUGAUGUGGAGCUGCUGCAGAAUAUGUGGUCAAGAGACUCAAGUUAUCCCCAUGUCAGAUAGCACAUGGAAGUACUCGUUCGCAAAGUAUCUGGAAUUGACAUUCUGGAGCAGCCAAUUGCAUCCGCGCGCCGGCCUUUGCCCCCACGAUAUCCACAAAGACCAUGUCCGAUACUUCGGGUUCAAUAAUGCGGCCUUGCGCGUCCAAUAUGACCCAGUGUCCUUGUACGAAGUUACUGUGCCCCGCCCUAUCGUCACUUGGAAAGUGGAUAGCGAUCUCCGGUUAAAGAAUGACCAAUUCUUAAAAAUAGAAGAACGGCUCGACAGAUUUAUGGUAUCGGUUCGCGCACGUAUCAAGAGCAUUCACGUGGAGAGCGUCAUUCCUGAGAAGGUUGAGCUCUGCCGGAUAGAGGUUGACAGACUGAUGAAGCGUGCCAACGAUGAGCACGAUUGGCUGAAAGCAAAACUCCAAGAUAAGUACUUGAACUCGAAAUAUUACGAGAUCAUCCCGAUGAACCGAGCUAUCCGUGCUAUCCAAGAGAAGGCGAUUGCGUGGGAUGAGACCUUUGUUGAGUUCGAGCAACAAUACUUCCCAUCUGAGAAAGAUAUCAGGCGAUUGGCAACAUUACAGCUGAAAAAGCUUUUCCUGGAGCGCGACGAGUCUACCAGCUCGCUGACUUCUGUAGAGGAGGGAUCAGAAACUUCGGAGGAGCGCUCCAUCAACGAAAAGGGAGAGCCUCUCGCACUACCACCCAUGCCUUCGAGUAUGUCGCCCGAGCGUGCGCGCGUUAUGCUGAAUUCUGUGGUGGAGGAAGACCAUUCGCAAAGUACUGCGCCACCUGAAGGUGAAUCAAAUAAAGCAUCGGAGGCCCCACUGGCGCCGGAGCAAUCGAAGGGAGACCAACUUCUACCAGUUCAAACCCCAUAUGACGCGCUAGAGCGAGACGAUGUGCGGCAUCUUGAUCUAGCCGUGUCUUCCAGGUUCUCGGAUCAUCCAAAUACUACGGACGAGGAGCUCCUAAAGACCCCGACAAUGUCCCCUGAGCAGGAUUUCAAUGGACCCGGGUCACCCACACCUACGGCACUGCCACGAGUGGAUCCAAUUGACAAGAUGGUGGCUGAUGUCAUUGAGAAUAUGCCAUCAUCUCCCACACCUUCUUACCCUGCAGGUGGUCCGCUGGAGAGCAAGAUACCUCGUCUGGUUGACACUAUUCGUCGCGAAACCAGCUCUUACACAAGACCCGCGACUUUGAUCCGAACUCAGUCACAACCUGGUGGUAUUCCUAAAAGCCCCAGCCCACCGCAUGUUGUGGCAGCUAGCAAACCCUUGGAAUCAAUGAAGAGACCAGGCAGUGAUGCUGCAAGGGCAAUGGACCGCAUAACCGACAGAUUAUCUCUUGCCACAUUCAAGCAGUCGAAGUCCUCGUCAAAAAUACCUCGCUCCAUACCCAUCUUCCGAAGUCAAAGAGAAGCAUCUAAGGUGUCCAAGCUUGCAGAGCAUUUUGAGCAGCUGUCGCGGGAGUUCCAGAGAGAGCGAAUGCGCGAGCGGCGCAAUGAACGCGGUCGACAAGCGCGAGCUUACCCAUUAGCAUCAUCGAAGCCAAUCGUAGAAGUGUACAAAGAUGUGCACGAAGCCGUGCAAGAACACAACCCAUCAGACGAAGAGAUUGUGAGCUCACCAGCACGCAUCAGCACCGACAAUAGUACUCUCGAAGACAGUACCCUGACAGAGGCAACUGGUGCGACAGCUGCUUCUGAGUCACCAGUAGAAGAGCGGUACCCCAAGGAGUCCCACGCGCAUCUCAGUACGGAGAGUCAGCCUACAACACCUAGUCAUCCACCUUCAGACUUCGAAAAUGAAUUGAGUGACGUCGAAAUAGCACCUGAGGAUGUACCUUUGCCUGACUCGGAUCUGCUGUCGAUGACGGAAUCACAGCUGGAAAAUUCUCUGGAGCUUCCGAAGCACGAAAAAACCACGCUGAUGAAGAUGUUGACCAGCUUCUGGUCUGAACGGUCGGCAAGUGGCUGGACGCCUUUGGACUAUCCAUUCGCUCAGAUAGAGCAUGUAUGGGAAGAUUCUGACAUCAUUGUCCGGGAAGAUGAGCCAAGUUCCAUCAUUGCGCUUGCACUCUCUGCGCCUCACUACCUGACUCAGCUUCAGUCCUUCCGCGGCGAUAUAAUUGCAUCUGAGAAAGGGGAUAGCGGGCCCGAAAAUCUAGAGGCCUCGAUUGAACGCAAUUUACUUCACGAGGCGAACAGCAACAUCAGAUAUGGCUUCAACAAUCGCGGGGUCAAAGCGCAGUGCAAGAUUUUCUAUGCUCAGUCUUUCGACGCCCUCCGCCGCAAAUGCGGUGUUGCAGAUCGCUUUGUGGAAUCGCUCUCUCGAUGCUCCAAGUGGGAUUCCAAGGGCGGGAAGUCAAAGUCUAUUUUCCUCAAGACGCUAGAUGAUCGAUUCGUGCUCAAGAGUCUAUCGCCUAUCGAGGUUCAAGCUUUCUUUCGUUUUGCGCCAAAUUACUUCGCCUUUACGCAUCAGAACCUUUUCAAAGGUUUACCAUCGGUAAUUGCAAAGAUGUUCGGUCUCUUCCAGGUCCAGAUCAAGACACCCACUGGUCGCGAUUUCGAUUGGUAUAUGCUCGUCAUGGAGAACUUGUUUUACGAUCGAGAGCCGAAUAGGCGGUAUGACCUCAAGGGCAGUAUGCGUAACCGCAAGAUCGAGUCCACUGGCGAGCGCGACGAGGUCUUGCUAGAUGAAAACCUUGUCGAUAUCAUUUACAGCGAAACGCCAAUCUUCGUCCGUGAACACACAAAGAAGUUGCUGAAGGCAAGCGUAUGGAAUGACACUCUGUUCCUUUCCCAGAACAACGUCAUGGACUACAGUCUCAUGGCUGGUUUCGACGAUGCAAACCAUGAGAUCAUCGUCGGUAUCAUUGAUUGUAUUCGAACCUACACGUGGGAUAAGAAGCUCGAAUCGUGGAUCAAAGACCGUGGCAAGAACAAGCCAACAAUCACUUCGCCCAGGGACUAUCGCAACCGCUUCCGUAGUGCUAUGGAUAAGUACAUCUUGCAAGCACCCAAUUGCUGGCAUCAGUUCUCGGGUAGAGUAGUAGGAGGGGCGCUCUUAGGUAGUCGUAAGACGAUCAUGCUGGAGCCAGGCCCUGACAGUGCUUCUGCGCAGAUUAUGGAGGUUGAGGGUGGUGAGAUGGAGAAAGCGGAGGCUGCAACCAAGGUUUGA